AUGCGCCACCUCCACCUCCUCCGCCACCGCCUCCUCCACCGCCGCCACCUCCGCCACCUCCGCUCCACCGCCACCGCCGCCGCCGCCUCCGCCUCCACUGCCGCCACCGAUACCUCCACCCCUACCUCCACCCCCACCGCCACCCCCUCUCCCCCCGCCGCCUCCACCUCCACCUCCACCGCCCCCGCUAGCUCCUCCAGCGCCCCUGCCCCCCUUGCCCUUGCCAGAGCGACGUCUCCCGCUAGGGGGCUGCUCGGGCGGCUCGGCGGUGCAGGCGGCUCGGCUGUAGGGCGGCUCGGCGGCUCGGCUGCUGGGCGGCUCAGCCGCUGGGCGGCUCGGCGGCUCGACUGCUUGGUUGCUGGGCGGCUCGGCGGUUCGGCUGCAGGGCGGCGCGGCGGUCGGCUGGGUAUGGCGGCUCGGGCAGCUCGGGUGGUGGGCGGCGCUGCAGCAGGCGACGGGGCCGCAGGUAAGGGCGGCGGGGCCACAGGUAGGGGCGGCGGGGCCGCAGGUAAGAGCGGCGGGGCCGCAGGUAAGGUGGCGGGGCCGCAAGUAAGGUGGGGGGCCGCAGGUAAGGUGGCGGGGCCGCAGGUAAGAUGGCGGGGCCGCAGGUAA